AAAUGGCGACGGCGGCAUAACCUAACAAAAUAGCAUAGAAUUUUGUUUUGUCGUGUUAUCAUUUUAGAAUUAGCGAAAUAAAAUACCAAAAGUGAUUAAACGAUAGUGAAUUGUGUUUAAAGUUAUAAAUCCGACAUGGCGGAUGCGGCUGCGAGGCAGUUGCAAUAUGAAUACAAGGCCAACUCAAAUUUGGUCUUACAAGCCGAUGUGAGGCUUAUUGAGCGCCGUGGUCGCGAUGAGGCCACUGGCGAGGUCCUGUCCCUCUCGGGAAAGCUCACCGGGACGCGGAUGGGCGACCGAGCACAGCGUACCAAGCCUGACAAGACUGAAGAGAGAAAAGUCAAGCGUCAGAAACGCGAUGAAGCGUCAUACGAGCUCUCAAAAUCAAAAACAUCACGGGUAGCCUGGGCUGAUGACACCCCGGGAGUUCUAUACCGGCCACGAGCGCAACACACGAGGCACGCCUAUGAAAUGCUGCUCACAUUCAUGCAGAGUGCCCUUGGAGACCAGCCCAGGGAUAUCCUGUGUGGAGCCUGCGAUGAGGUCCUCGUGGUGUUGAAGAAUGAUAAGUUAAAAGAUCCGGAAAAGAAGAAGGAAAUUGAGAUGCUUUUGGGGCCUGUUGCUGAUGAGAGAUUUGCUCUGCUCGUUAAUUUAGGUAAAAAGAUCACAGACUUCAACAUAAGCUCUUCAGCUGAGGGUAAUACAGAAAUUGAUGAGACAUAUGGCAUCAAUGUGCAGUUCGAGGAGUCUUCAGAGGAAGAUGAUGAGGACGCUUAUGGAGAGGUCCGUGAAGAAGAUAAGGAAGAUGGAGAAGGUUCGGAGAAUGAGAAAGAGAAAGACAGCAGUGCUGACGAGGACAGUGACGGAGAAGGCAAGAGAAAUGCCAUACAUACCAAUCUUUCAGAAGAGCAAUCACAGAAGCGACGGGACGCCACCUUGCAUCCCAUGGAUAUUGACGCCUACUGGCUCCAGCGUCGUCUCUCCCGGCACUUUCCCGAUGCCAUGCUGUCUCAGGCCAAGUCUUCUGAAGUCCUGACAGCAUUAGCCGAGGCAGCCGAUGACAGAGAUCUGGAAAACAGGCUCGUAUUGCUACUGGGUUACGAUUGCUUCGAGUUUGUCAAGCUGUUGAAUAAAUAUAGAUAUACAGUACUCUACUGCACGAAGUUGGCGUCCUCACAGUCGGAGAGCGAGCGAGCCUCCAUCAGGGAGGAGAUGUCAAAGCAGCCACAUUUGCAGAAGAUCCUCGCUCAAUUGGAGACAGGGAAGGGUGAUGAUGAGACAGCCCAACAAUCAUCCGAAGCGCCACGCAAACGCCACAAGACGGAAGCGGAAGCCACAUCAGGCACGGGCCAGGUGACAGGCAACAGGAAGGUGCUUCAGCUCGAGGAGUUGAUGUUCGCAGCCGGCGCACACUUCAUGGCGAACAAGCGCUGCCAGCUGCCGCCAGGAUCCUUCAGGAAGCAGAGGAAAGGUUACGAGGAAGUUCACGUGCCGGCGCUGAAGCCCAAGCCCUUCGAUGAGGGAGAGACCUUGGUGCCGGUGGAGAAACUGCCCAAAUACGUGCAGCCGGCCUUCGAGGGGUUCAAGACUUUGAAUAGGAUACAGAGUCGCAUAUCAAAAGCAGCGCUAGAAUCUGACGAGAACCUCCUGGUCUGCGCUCCUACAGGGGCGGGUAAGACCAACGUCGCCCUGCUCUGUAUACUGCGGGAAGUCGGCAAGCACGUCAACGACGACGGCACUGUUAACGUCAACGACUUCAAAAUGAUUUAUGUCGCUCCUAUGCGCUCGCUUGUGCAGGAAAUGGUGGGCAACUUCAGCAAGCGUCUAUCAGCGUACAACAUGAAAGUAUCGGAGCUGACGGGAGAUCAUCAGCUCACGAGAGAGCAGAUUGAAGCCACACAGCUCAUCGUGUGUACGCCAGAGAAGUGGGAUAUUAUUACUAGGAAAGGUGGCGAGCGUUCAUUCACGAACCUGGUGCGUCUGAUCAUCAUUGAUGAAGUGCACCUGCUACACGACGAGAGAGGACCUGUCCUCGAGGCACUGGUCGCCAGAACCCUCAGGACUGUGGAGCAAACGCAGGAAGAGGUUCGUCUAGUAGGUCUAUCUGCUACGUUACCCAAUUACACAGAUGUGGCUGCGUUCCUGAGGGUUAAGCCUGAACAUGGACUGUUUUAUUUCGACAAUUCUUUCAGACCGGUAGCCUUAGAACAACAGUACAUUGGUGUGACAGAGAAGAAAGCGCUCAAAAGGUUCCAGGUUAUGAACGAUAUUGUCUAUGAGAAGACUAUGGAACAUGCUGGCAGGAAUCAGAUUCUAGUAUUCGUUCACUCUCGUAAAGAGACCGGUAAGACUGCGCGAGCGAUCCGCGAUAUGUGCUUAGAAAAGGAUACUUUAGGACAAUUUCUAAGGGAAGGCUCAGCCAGUAUGGAGGUACUCCGUACUGAAGCGGAACAGGUCAAGAACCCGGAACUUCGCGAGCUGCUGCCGUACGGGUUCGCCAUCCACCACGCCGGCAUGAGCCGCGUCGACAGGACGCUCGUCGAGGACCUGUUCGCAGAUAGGCAUAUACAGGUCCUGGUAUCAACAGCGACCCUAGCUUGGGGCGUGAACCUGCCGGCCCACACAGUGAUAGUGAAGGGCACGCAGGUGUACUCUGCGGAGCGCGGGCGCUGGGCGGAGCUGGGCGCGCUGGACGUGCUGCAGAUGCUCGGCCGCGCCGGCCGCCCGCAGUACGACACUAAGGGAGAGGGAAUCCUAAUAACCAACCACUCGGAGCUGCAAUACUACUUGUCGCUAUUAAACCAGCAGUUACCGAUAGAAUCUCAGUUGGUCAGCAAACUGCCCGAUAUGUUGAACGCUGAGAUCGUUUUGGGAUCUGUGCAGAGCGUCAGGGAUGCUGUCACUUGGCUCGGCUACACCUACCUAUAUAUUCGGAUGCUUCGUCAGCCGGCCCUAUACGGCAUAUCUCAGGAAAAGUUCCAAGAAGACUCGCUGUUGGAACUGCAUAGAGCUGAUCUCGUGCACACUGCUGCCAGUCUACUUGACAAGGCCGGCCUAAUAAGAUACGAGAGGAAAUCGGGCCACUUUCAGCCGACCGAACUGGGCCGAAUCGCUUCUCAUUUCUACUGUACAUACGAAACGAUGCAGUGUUACGCUCAACUGCUGAAGCCGACUCUAGGCGAAAUCGAAUUGUUCAGGGUUUUCUCGUUGUCGGCUGAAUUUAAGCAUAUUGCUGUUAGGGAGGAGGAGAAAUUGGAGCUGUGUAAACUUAUGGAGAGGGUACCAAUCCCCAUAAAAGAGAGCAUCGAGGAACCAUCAGCCAAGAUCAACGUCCUCCUGCAGGCGUACAUAUCGCAGCUGAAGCUGGAGGGCUUCGCGCUGAUGGCGGACAUGGUGUACGUGACGCAGUCCGCGUGCAGGCUGCUCAGGGCCAUCUUCGAGAUUGUGCUGCACAGAGGUUGGGCUCAACUGGUGGACAAAACUCUAGCACUGUGCAAAAUGGUCGACAGACGCAUGUGGCAGUCCAUGUCGCCGCUCAGACAAUUCAGGAAAAUGCCUGAAGAGGUAAUAAAAAAACUCGAAAAGAAAAACUUCCCCUGGGAGAAACUCUACGAGUUGGGGCCCAACGAGAUUGGAGAGUUAGUCAGAGCCCCCAAAUUGGGGAAGAUGAUACACAAGUACGUUCAUCAGUUCCCCAAGUUGGAGUUGGCUACUCAUAUACAGCCGAUCACUAGGUCUACCUUGAGGGUUGAGCUGACUAUUACACCGGAUUUCCAUUGGGAUGAGAAGAUCCACGGCCAAUCAGAAGCCUUCUGGAUCCUAGUCGAAGACGUUGACUCGGAGGCAGUUCUUCAUCACGAAUACUUCCUUCUGAAGCACAAGUACUGUCGCGACGAGCACCACGUCAAGUUGUUCGUGCCGGUGUUCGAGCCGCUGCCGCCGCAGUAUUUCCUGAGGGUCGUGUCUGACAGAUGGAUAGCAGCCGAGACUCAGCUGCCCGUUUCCUUCCGUCACCUCAUCUUGCCGGAGAAGAAUCUGCCUCCUACUGAACUGCUAGACUUGCAGCCGCUGCCUAUAUCUGCUCUCAGGAACCCGAAGUACGAGGAGUUGUAUAACGAGACCUUCCCACAGUUUAAUCCGGUGCAGACUCAGGUGUUCAACGCCGUCUACAAUUCAGACGACAACGUAUUCGUCGGAGCCCCAUCCGGUUCCGGCAAGUCGGUCAUAGCGGAGCUAGCACUCCUGCGCAUGCUGUCGAGCGGCGGCGGCCGCGCCGUGUACGUGCUGCCCAAGGACGCGCUCGCAGACAUCGUGUUCGCCGACUGCUACCACAAGUUCAACGUCAAGUUCAAUGUCAAGGUAGUUCAACUGACGGGUGAAACGGCUACUGAUCACAAGCUGCUGAACAAAGGUCAGAUCAUCGUCACUACAGCUGAUAAAUGGGAUAUACUUUCUAGAAGAUGGAAAGUCCGCAAAAGCGUCCAAAGCGUGACUCUGUUCAUAGUGGACGCUUUACAACUGUUGGGCGGCGAAGAGGGACCCGUGUUAGAAGUCGUCUGUUCGCGUAUGAGAUACAUCUCCUCGCAGAUCGGUCGUCAAAUUCGCAUAGUAGCCCUAUCACUUCCCCUAGCUGACGCUCGCGACGUGUCACAAUGGCUGGGCUGCAGCGCCAACUGCUCGUUCAACUUCCAUCCCAGCGUGAGGCCGCUGCCUCUGCAGCUGCAUAUACAGGGCUUCAACAUAUCCCACGCGGCCUCCCGUCUAGCGGCAAUGACGAAACCUAUAUACAACGCAGUCAUUAGGUACGCGGGCAACAAGCCCUGCGCCGUCUUCGUGCCGUCACGACGACACUCACGCCUGUUAGCCGCUGACCUACUGGCCCUGGCCGCUGCCCACGCCUCGCCCACUAGGUUCCUGAGGGCCAGGCCUGAUAUGCUGCAGCCGUUCUUGAAGAGGGUGCAUGAUAAGAUGUUACGCGAAACCCUAGCCGCUGGGGUAGCAUACCUCCACGAGGGCGUGGAAGCCGGUGACAGACGGCUCGUGCAGCAGCUCCUGGAGUCCGGCGCCAUACAGCUGUGCGUGGUGGCCGCUGAGCUGGCGUGGGCGCUGGCUGCACACGUCCACACUGUUAUAGUUGCUGACACACACGUUUACAACGGCAAACUCCACGCAUACGAACAAUACCCCAUCAGCACGGUACUUCAGAUGGUGGGCCGAGCCUGCAGACCUCUGGAAGACCAGCAAGCAGUUGCAGUCCUCAUGUGUGUGCAGCACCACAAGACCUUCUUCACCAAGCUGCUGAACGACUGCCUGCCGCUAGAGAGCCACUUGGACCACAGACUACACGACCACAUGAACGCGGAGAUCGUCACUAAAACCAUAGAGAACAAACAGGAUGCUGUAGACUAUCUCACUUGGACCUUCCUGUAUCGACGGUUGACGCAGAACCCUAAUUAUUAUAAUUUGCAAGGCGUUACUCAUAGACAUCUCUCAGACCACCUCUCAGAGUUGGUAGAGACGACCUUAACCGACUUGGAGCAAUCAAAGUGUAUAGCCAUCGAAGACGACAUGGACGUUCAACCUCUCAACUUGGGCAUGAUUGCUUCCUACUACUAUAUCAAUUAUACUACUAUCGAAUUAUUCAGCUUAUCUCUAACGAACAAGACUAAGAUCCGUGGGUUGCUGGAGAUCAUAUCCUCAGCUGCGGAGUACUCCGAGCUUUGCAUCAGGCAUCGGGAGGAGAACAUCAUUAAGGCUUUGGCUGCCAAAGUGCCACACAAACCGACAGCACCGGCCGGUAACACAGUGAAAUACAACGAUCCCCACGUGAAAGCUCAUGUAUUGCUCCAAGCUCAUCUGUCCCGCAUGCAGCUACCCGCAGAGCUACAGGCUGACACUGCGCUGGUGCUCGCUAAGGCCAUCCGCCUCAUCCAAGCCUGCGUGGAUGUAGUAUCCAGCAGUGGAUGGCUAUCCCCCGCAGUGGCCGCUAUGGAGUUAGCGCAAAUGGUGACGCAGGCCAUGUGGGCCAAGGACUCGUACCUCAGGCAGCUGCCACACUUCACCACCGAGCUCGUGCAGAGGUGCUCUGAGAAGGGCGUAGAAACAGUGUUCGACGUGAUGGAACUAGAAGACAACGCUCGUGCCAAACUGCUGCAACUUUCGCCAACGGAAAUGGCGGAUGUCGCCCGUUUCUGUAACCGGUAUCCCAACGUUGAACUGACAUACGAGGUGAAAAACGAGAGGCAUCUGCGUGCCGGCAAGCCUAUUGUAGUAGAAGUGUCGCUGGAGAGAGAAGACGAUAUCGUUGGCCCGGUCAUAGCACCCUUCUUCCCGCAGAAACGCGAGGAAGGCUGGUGGGUGGUGAUCGGUGAUCCUAAGAGCAAUACCCUACUUUCCAUCAAGAGAGUUUCUUUAGCUAGGAGUGCUAAGGUGCGUCUCGACUUCGUAUGCGGCAGUUCCGGUCGUCACACAUACACUCUUUACUUCAUGUCGGACGCUUACCUCGGAGCCGAUCAAGAGUACAAGUUCACCGCCGACGUGGCCGAAGCCGCCUCCGAUUCCAGCGACUCCGAGUAGACACCGACUUCCGCGACUUCCAUUUUGUGGGGACACCGACUUCCAUUAUGUGGGGACACCGACUUCCACUAAGUGUGGACACCGACUUCUACUUGGCCAAGUCACGGACUUUCACAUUGUAGACACCGACUUCCAAUUUACGUGGACACCGACUUCCACGUUAGAAUUGUUUAUAUUUUACAAAGACUUGAUUCACAAAUCCAUUUUUCAAUGUUUUCAAAUGAGUUUUAUUCCAAUUUGGGAUGUGAAUUUAGUCGUGCCCUGAAAAUAUUUCAGGCUACAGAAAAGUUAGUCUAUAAAAUGUAAUAUGUGAAGUUUAUAGUAUAAGAUAAUUAAGGAAAAUAAAAGAAUUUGGAAUUUAA